GAGUCGCGCGACAGAGGACACAGACACGUACACACAUAUACACACGGGAAGCGCGACGACCACGGGAUUGCCCCUUGUCGGCUCGUCUCUCGUCGACGACGGCUCGUUUCGCCAACGGAACGGACGACGAACGGACGCUCCGCUCUGCCCGCGGGAAGCCAGACGAACGAUGAUCCAUGAACGAAGAAUGUAGACGAGAGCGGAGAGCAAGGAGCGGAUCUGCCAGUGUCGCAGAUUCGGACGAGGACAUCGCCAUCUCUGAAGUUUAAUCGCCUCGAGCCACGUCGAGCACUUUCUUCGCGCCUUUCUCGCUCCGAGCGGGCACGAUGAAAUCGCGAAAUCCAAGUUCCUCGCGGACCGGCAGAUCGGAGGUCCUGCUGGUGCUGGGUCUAAUCCUGCUCCUCGCUCAGCUGGACAUCUGCCACGGCUCUCCGUCCCAUCGUAGCAGGCAUCAUGAGCAUGACCACGAUCACGAGCACGAGCACGAGCACGAGCACGAGCACGAGCACGCGGAUUCAUCGCGCGAAGAUGCCAGGAGCGCCAGGUUGAUGAGCGAGGAGCUCCCGCGACCUGCCGCCCUCACCAACGAUCCGCUGAUCGUCAACACCAAGAAGGGUUUGGUCCGCGGCAAGACCUUGACCGCCACCACGGGCAAAGAAGUCGACGCCUGGUUCGGCAUACCCUACGCCCAGAAACCCGUCGGCUCCCUGAGGUUUCGACAUCCGCGGCCGGUCGAGCGCUGGUCGGAUGUGCUGAACGCGACCACCCUGCCGAACAGCUGUGUGCAAAUCCUCGACACCGUGUUCGGCGACUUCGCGGGCGCGACCAUGUGGAACCCGAAUACACCGUUGAGCGAAGACUGCCUGUACGUGAACGUGGUGGUGCCGCGACCCAGGCCUACGAACGCCGCUGUCAUGGUAUGGAUAUUCGGUGGUGGCUUCUACUCCGGAUCGGCCACCCUCGAUGUAUACGAUCACAAAACGAUCGUGUCGGAGGAGAACAUUAUUCUGGUCUCCAUGCAGUAUCGCGUGGCCAGCUUGGGCUUCCUGUACUUCGGCACCUCCGACGUGCCUGGGAACGCCGGCCUCUUCGACCAGAUGAUGGCCCUGCAGUGGGUGCGCGAUAACAUCGCCUUCUUCGGUGGCAAUCCCGACAACAUUACGCUCUUCGGCGAGAGCGCGGGUGCGGUGUCCGUGUCCAUGCAUCUGUUGUCUCCGCUCUCUAGGCACCUCUUCAACCAGGCGAUAAUGCAGUCCGGCUCGCCGACCGCGCCGUGGGCGAUAAUCUCGCGCGAGGAAUCGAUAGUACGCGGCAUCCGGCUGGCAGAGGCGGUCGGCUGUCCGCACGAUCGCAGUAAUCUGCGGGAGGUCAUCGACUGCUUGAUGACAAAAGAUCCGGUGGAGCUGGUGAAGAACGAAUGGGGCACCCUAGGCAUCUGCGAGUUCCCGUUCGUGCCGGUAAUCGACGGCGCGUUCCUCGACGAAACACCUCAGCGUUCACUGGCCACGUCUUCUUUCAAGAAAACAAGCAUCAUGAUGGGCUCCAACACGGAGGAGGGCUUUUACUUCAUCAUCUACUAUCUCACGGAACUGUUCCGCAUCGACGGCACCGAAGACGUGAAAGUGUCGCGCGAUCAGUUUAUCAGCGCAGUGUCCGAGCUGAAUCCCUAUGUGAAUCAAAUCGGCCGGCAUGCCAUCAUCUACGAAUACACGGACUGGCUUCAUCCGGAUGACCCGCAUCUCAAUCGUGACGCUAUCGACAAGAUUGUGGGAGAUUAUCAGUUCACUUGCAACGUCAACGAGUUCGCCGGCCGAUACGCUGACACCGGCAACAACGUCUACAUGUACUACUUCAAGCACAGAUCCGCGAACAACCCCUGGCCGCGAUGGACCGGAGUCAUGCACGCCGAUGAGAUCAAUUACAUCUUCGGGGAACCGUUGGACGUGUCCAAGCGCUACACAGACGAAGAAGUGCUCCUCUCCAAGAGGAUGAUGAGAUACUGGGCGAACUUUGCGAAAACAGGGGAUCCAAACAUGGGCGAAAUCGACACGUGGAUGCAAGCUCAAUGGCCGCAGCAUACCUCCGCGAACAAGGAGUACCUGACGUUGGAUAUCAACAACACGGAGAUCGGCAGCGGCCCCAGGGUGAGGCAAUGCGCCUUCUGGAAGAAGUAUCUGCCGCAGCUGCUUGGCGCCACGUCGAAACUGGAUGUCACGUCCAAGGAUACGUGCAGCGGCACCAGCCACAUCGACUCCAGUGUGACCUGGAUACUCCAGAUCCUGAGCCUGUUAUUGACCGGCCUCACUUUCCUCUUACCCGACGACAUCGUCUAGUUCCCGGCCGGUUCGGUCGGCCGAGCCGUCCUAGCUCCGUCGAGCGGCCCGUUUCCCUGAAGAAGAGAAUGGACGUGCGAACGCGAGCGCGAGCGAGCGUGAACGGACACCGAGUGAGCGAGAGAGAGCGAGAGAGAAUGAGCGAAAGGGUGAGAGCGAAAGGGAGAGAGUGAAAGAGAGGGAGAGAAAGAGAGAGAGAGAGAGAGAGAGAGAGAGAGAGAGAGAGAGCACGACGUGAGAGCGAGAGAAUAAGAUCGGGAAUGACGGCAACCGCGAGAGAAACAGACAUAUCAGUAGUAGACGAGUGCUCGAUCGCCGGGGGAUCGACGAUGACGAAACAAAAAGAAAUGAAUAAAAAAGGGAUAAAAAAACGAAUAAAAAAAAAAAGAAAAGACGCGCCCGCCAACGAGAGAGAAUGAUCUUGUGUCGGCAAAAUUCCCGGGGGCUCCGGGGUCCGGUGAAAGAUACACGAGCUCGACUUGCCGUGCGUAGUCGAGGAACAUGAGGAUCGAGAGGCCGGAAGAAAGCGAGCGAUGGAUCGGUAACGAACGGAUGGGCGAGGAACAACGAUCCAACAACGACGGCGACUACCGAGAGGAGGUAAGAUAAGAAUAAUGCGAGAUUCUCCUAGCCGUCCUAGCCGGAUGAGAGAGAAGAGGAAAUAGAGAAAGAGAGAGAGAGAGAGAGAGAGAGAGAGAGAGAGAAGAGAGAGAGAGAGAGAGAGAGAGGGUCGAACAGGAGAGGAUAGUUUGCAAAACUAUUGGCGAAACCAUAUGCAUCCGCGGUUAAUUACCAGCAAUUAUCAGUUCCUACGGUUUGCGCUGCAAGGACGAUCGCUCGCGACGAAGCGGUCGGAAACUUGAAGCUGACGAGGACUCGGAAGUGUGGGAACUUGAGAAAGCGCGUAGAUUCGACGCGGUUAACGAGGGCUGGAAGGUGCGGAGGUUGGGAGAGAAGGCGACAAGUGCGCAAGAAUUCUGGAUUGCGAGAUGCAGGGGGAAUUCGAGAUUCGGGAUACUCUGCGAGGGGACGGUGGCGAGAUGGACUCGCGCGAUGAAUGGAUUCAUUGCAUUCGCCGUUUGCGUCAUAAAACUAUCCGCUCGCAGCGGGUUCGUCGGUUCAACGUUCCGUCGCCGCGGGAUGUGCAUAUCUCGGCUGUGAGCGACACAGCGAUCCCUCACUGUGGGGCUGCUAUGUGGGUCACCAAAUGUCGCGAGGACGAGCGUUUUAUGAACACGAGUCGCCGUGUCGUGUCGCGUCGUGUUGUGCUUGCCGAGACGUUAUCCCAGGAGACUAGGCACUGAUAUAUAUCGGGAAGGGGCGACUGUAUUGAGCCGCAGCGGGGCAUCCGGUAAGAUCGUAAUUCCCCUGGAAAGCUUCGCCCGUGCGCAGCCUCGCCGUCGUAAUAUCGCAGCCCACCUGGAUCACGCCACAUCGUCGUUGCGCAGCAACCCGCGGAAAUUCAGCGACGUCGGAAACCUUGCCAAAAAUCCGAGUGAGAGACUGAAUGCCCUCCCUCCGCCCUCCGCGCUAGAAGUGGACGCAAUUCCCGGUGGGAAGCGCGCGCGCGCGCGUGUGUGUAUAUCUGUGUGUGUGUGUCUGUGUAUGUGUCUGUGUAUGUGUGUAUGUGUACAUAUGUGCCCGGGCCAUGGUUGAAUUAUAAAAGUAUAUAACACGAUAUAAUCGCGCAUUAUGUUACAGGCUGAUAAAAUCGGAUUAUCUGACAGAUUCGACAAAUCCUUCAUCUCGUUUUCUAUUCUGUUCGAUUGCCGCGACGCAAACACGCGCGAGUCGCUCAUUCGUGCGCAAUGUGGAUUCGUUCUUCGAUCUAAAUUUCCGAUUGCGAGUGAUAUGUAAAACAUGAUUCUACGUGUCUGUCUCUCUCUUCCCCCCCUCUCUCUCUCUCUCUCUCUCUCUCUCUCUCUCUCUCUUUCUCCGUCUCUCUUCCGUUCUCUCUCAUUCUCCUCGAUUUAAAGACUCUUUGUUUUGUCUCGAGUGCUUCCGCGGGAUACAUCGAUAAGCAAAGCUGCAAUUCUUAUCUUUCCGCAGGAUACUCCCCGCGAAACCAAAACGCGCAUCCCCCGCGCCUUUGUUCAAGCCUUCGAGCGGGAUCGAGCAUCCUUUUCUCCCCCGCGCCUUUUUUUUUCUCGAGAAGGAGAGGACACGCACACACGUGUUCGGGCUCUUCGUCGACGACGGCGUGUGCCGCAUUCGUACCUAACAGCCGACGAAGAUGAGCGCAAUGUCGUACGAAAUUGCCGUCGGCCCCCCGAGCGAUAGACGUGUAGACAGGCGGAAACUACCCCUCGCGUCUGUGCGCAUUCGUGACCGACCGUAUCUUUCCACCUGCAGCUGCAUCGCUGUUGUUGUCGUCGUCGUCGCCGCCGCCGUGAUUCGUUGUGCGCGGGCCGUAUGUACGUUCAUGUGCACCCAACUCGGCGGCGAGGUGGUAAUGGGGUCCGCAAUUCGAUCUAUACGGCCCGAUACGCGCGCGCGUUCAUUCGCGUACACGAAUGCCCGAAUUGCACAGUCGAUCGCGCACAUAAAAAUUUCGCCUAUCUCUCUCUGGCCUGGCGGCGGCGGCGGCGGCGGCGGUGGUGCGCGAUAUCCAGCUCCGUGUGUACGUUUGACCUCUUCCGAGAGCGCGCUCCUCUCCGAGAGGAGAGAGUAAGA